GUAAGACCCGUGGUCCCGUUGAGUUCGCCUUCCCGUUCCCGCGGUAGGAUAUCGGCAGCGGGACCCUCCGAGCACGCCUCGCUGCACCCUAACCCCGAAUCGGUGUGCGGUGUACCGCUGAGUCGGCGCUGGGGGGGACCCGAGAGAGGGGACGGCUCUUUGUGCCCUCCCGUGGCUGUGGGGUCCGUGAGUGCGCUCAGCUCCAGGGGUCCUUGCCCGCGUCCCACCCAUCCCCAAAGGAGCGCUGGGCGGCUCCGCGUGUGCGGGGCGUGUGCGGACCGGGCGUGCCCGGGCGGGGACACGCGUGGGUGUGGGUGUGCGGGGCCGUGGGCCGCUCUGCGCCCGCAGCAAGUUUUGGCAGGCGGGAGGCUCGGGGCGGGGCAAAGCGGCCCCCAGGAUGAGCUCGUCCUCGCUGCUGGCCGAGGCGCCGCUGGAGCCCCCCGUGCUGCUGACCGACAUCAAGACAGAGCCCCCCGAGGAGCUGCUGGCCUCCGACUGCAGCCAGCCCCAGGCUGAGCCCGUCGAUCUUUCCCUCAACAAGUCCAAGGCUCCCCUGCCGCCGCCCCCCGUGCAGUCCUCGCCCCUGCUGGUGGCCCCCCCGGUCCCUGCGCCCACCAUCUCCAUCGCGUCCUCGGGGCUCGGCACCACCUCAGCCAUCCCAGCCGUGCUGUCGCCCGGCUCCAUUCUGGCAUCGUCGCAGGGCAGCGGCGGGCAGCAGAUCCUGCACGUCAUCCACACCAUCCCUUCCGUCAACCUGCCUAGCAAGAUGGGCAACCUGCAGACCAUCCCCGUGGUCGUGCAGUCACUGCCCGUUGUCUACACCACCAUGCCGACCGAUGGCGUCACCGCCAUCACUGUCCCGCUCAUCGGGGGCGACGGCAAGAACACCGGCUCUGUGAAAAUGGACCCGGGCGCCAUGUACCCCAUGGACAUGCCGAGUGACAGCGAGGACAGCGCCUCGGAGAGCGGCCCUGCGCCCUUCCAGGACCUGCAGCGAGAGUCCGCCACGCCGCGCCUGCCCCGCGCCGACUCCCCCGACCUGAAGAAGCGGCGGAUCCACCAGUGUGACUUUGAGGGCUGCAACAAGGUGUACACCAAGAGCUCUCAUCUCAAGGCCCACCGGCGGAUACAUACGGGCGAGAAGCCCUACAAGUGUACCUGGGAGGGCUGCACCUGGAAGUUCGCCCGUUCCGAUGAGCUGACCCGGCAUUUCCGCAAGCACACGGGCAUCAAGCCCUUCCGCUGCUCGGACUGCGACCGCAGCUUCUCCCGCUCCGACCACCUGGCCCUGCACCGCCGGCGGCACAUCAUGAUGUGAGGAGCCCAGCACGCGGAGCGGGGAGACGGAGGCAGCCUCGUUCCCUGCGUGCAGCUGAGGGACUGCGGGGCUGGCGGCGAGCGAGCCCUGCACCGGUGCGGGAUGGUCUCCGGAACGUGCGCCUCUUCUUCUGGACCUCUCCUCCCCGUUGGCGACACCCGGAGGCUCCUCUCGCCGCGGCCUCCCGGCCUUCACCCCGGCCCUGCGCGCUCACUUUUCCAGGGGCGGUGCGGACGCAGCCACAGCCGAGGUGGGGAGACGUCCAGCCUUGUGUCUGCCUCCUCCCAGCCCGCCUGUAUUGCCUCGUCCUGCCCCAAGGGAUGGGGAGAAAGGAAAAAGCAAAAGGGGAGGACAGAAAGAACCCUGACCCACCCGUAUGAACACCACCACCAGGAAAAGGGAAACUUUGCGGAACGUGGAACUGUGAUUUUAUGGAGUUCUAAGGGGGGUGGGAAAAGGGGGGGGUCACGCCGGCUUUCAGUUUUCGGAGACUAUGGGACAGUUGAACCAUUUAUAAGUUAAAAAGGCAUCAGCCUCCCUAUGGACUGUGGCCACGCACUUUUCUUUGUAAUUGUAAUUGUUGUUUUUGUGGGGUUGGCCCAGCUCCUGUGCUGGGAGG